UCUUCCUGGGGGCUGAUCAGUUCAUCCUCUGCUGGACGUGUCUGCUGACAUCACGGGGUUCCCUUUAACUUUUCUCUACAAAUAUUCCAUAGUUUAUAAGUAAAGCGCAGAAGACAGCGUUGGAAAGCUCGCCAGAUCCCAUGGAAAAAAGACUAUGAAAUCAAUUUCAGAGUACUCUAAAUGGACUGUUGCCCUAACUCAAAACUGAAGCCAUACAUAUUUUGGAGUAGGAUUAAAGGAAACAUAUCACUUGUGUAAAACACUCUUGUUUAAAUUGGCAUUUCCGGACACAAUCAUGUCAAUAGGACUGAAACAAGUAUUUAAUAAAGACAAGACUUUCAGGCCUAAACGAAAAUUUGAUCCUGGAACCCAAAGGUUUGAAUUGCACAAACGUGCUCAAGCAUCCUUAACCUCAGGAGUUGACUUGAGAGCUACCGUUCAACUGCCCCACGGAGAGGACCUUAAUGACUGGGUGGCAGUUCAUGUUGUAGACUUUUUCAACAGGAUAAACCUAAUUUAUGGAACCAUCGGAGACUUCUGCACAGAAAGAACUUGUCCUGUUAUGUCUGGGGGCCCAAAAUAUGAAUAUAGGUGGCAGGAUGAUUUGAAAUACAAGAAGCCCACUGCCUUACCAGCACUACAAUACAUGAAUCUUCUAAUGGAUUGGAUUGAGGUGCAAAUCAACAAUGAGGAUAUAUUCCCUACAAGUGUGGGAAUUCCUUUUCCAAAGAACUUUCUUCAAAUCUGCAAGAAGAUUCUGUGUCGAUUAUUCCGGGUCUUUGUACAUGUGUACAUCCAUCACUUUGACCGUAUCAUCAUUAUGGGAGCAGAAGCGCACGUCAACACUUGUUACAAGCACUUUUAUUACUUUGUAACAGAGUUGAACCUUAUAGACCGCAAAGAGCUUGAGCCUCUGAAAGAAAUGUCAAUGCGAAUGUGUCAGUAAAAGUGGAUUCUCAGGGAUGUCAUUAUCAACACCAGCAUUGUCCCUCCUGUGUGAUUGACCCAUUAAGUCAUGAAUAUGCAACUGGACCUUAACUGAGCAGAUACUUCCUUCCAUGUCAGAGACUGCAAAUUGAGAGGACUGCUUUACUGCCACUGGUCCAUUAUCCUGAUAAGCAGGAUGGCCAGAUUAUUUCAUAUUUCAUCCACAGAUAUUUUUUUUUUCUUCUUCAUAAUAAAGCUAUGAAUAGUGGAGAAGAUUCAUGAAUGCCCAAUUCAAUGCCUCCUUGCUUCACUGAAAUCCAGGUUUUACAACAAGAGACUUUUGUAAUAUUUUUUCUAAUAUUGUUUUCUUAAAACACUGCUGAUUUCUUCUAUUGAUUAUUUUUUUCAAAAUAUUUUUUCAAAAAAAGGAGAGGAUGAUUUUAUGUAACUGUUCAUUAGAAAAGUUCAUUUUAAAGAACGCGUGUUUUUUAAUUCCAAGCUAUGUUCUUGAAAAUUCAUUAUUAAUCCCAUCCACUUUUAUCAGAAAACAUACCUGCUUCUGUCUAAACAGUUUCAUCUGUAUAGAACAG